AUGAUUAAAUUCAAAUUCGGCGUUUUGCUGUGCAUUCCCGAAAUGCCGAAGGCUUCUGAGAAAAAGGGAAAGUCGAAGAGGAACAAAUCGAAAAGGGAAAAAUCGAAGGAUUCUAAAAGGAGCAAAUCGAAGGAUUCGAAGAGGAGCAAAUCCAAGGAUUCGAAGAAAACCAAAGCUUCUUCGGUGGAAGUGCAGAAACCCGAGUAUCUGUACGAAGUUGAUAAACCUUUAGGGUUUAUUCACAUCGAUUACAAUUUGCUGCCGAAUAUGAGUUACAGCGUGGACGUGGUUUACUGGGAAACUGUUUACAAAAUUUUUACUGCUGAUGAGAGCGUCGCUUUUACAAGCUGCAAACGGGACGGCGCGAUCUGGAUUGGGGUCGUCGUUGAGCACAGAGUUGAGGAUUUGGAGCAGGACGAACUGCUGCAGCUGCAGAAGCACGUGAUCCAGUGUACGGCUUCACCCAGCAAGAAUAAAGUGGGCCAGAGUGCGAGAUCGGAGAAAACCAAAGCGUUUUACGUGAGAGCGAACGAGAUGGAAACGAAGGGUUUCCUUGAAGCCUUCGAUCAGGAUCCGAACGUCGAGGAAAUUGCUCCGAUUUCAAGGAAAACAAUUUGCUCAGAUAAACUGAUUUUUGAACGGAUGCUCCGGAUAUUGGAGACGGGUGAUUACAGCUUCAAAGAGUUUACACCGAACACGUUGGAAUCUUUGCCGGAGGAUUUCUGUCCCGAAGAAGUUAUUCAAUUAGUCGAAUUACCUAAAGAAGAGAAGAGGGAUAAGAAAGGGAAAAAGGGUAAGAAAGGUAAAAAGGAGAGGAAGAAAAGUAAGAAAUCUAAGAAGGAGAAGAAAAAGGUUAAUUUGAAGAUGUCGUUGUCUGGCGAAUCUUUCUUCACUGAUUCCAAUUUGUGCGUGCACGGAACGAAAGAAACGAUGGAUAAGAUACAGAAGAUGUACGUGCUUACUAGGGUGAAGGAUUUGAUGACCGUUGAGGCUCAGGCCGAGAUGAAUCCUUUGGUUAUUAAAUUGAAGAUGGUCAAGAAUUUGCCUGUGGAGAUCCUUCAAAAAGAAGGAUUCACUUCUUUGUAUUUGCAGUAUAAUGUACCUAACAUUGCAAGAGCCACGACCUUGGAGAAGGAAAUAGUUAAAGACAUAAGGAUACUGGACGCUCACGUUUACUUCAAUUUGGAUGCGCAUGUUCUUAUUGAAUUCUUGCAAACCAGGAGGUUUUGCGUUGAACUUGUAGGGACUAGGAUGAAACCGGAAAUUGAGCCUUCGCUUUUCCAUCCUGACUGCAAGUUUUCUUACAAGAAGUUCGUCGAUGAGGAUGAAACGGUUGUAGUUUUGGGCACCGCCUGUUUUGAUUUAUCCCAAUUGCUGGAUCACAUCCAGAUGUUGAAGCUCGUCGAAGCGUUCCGAUCACCGGACAAUCUGCAGGCAAUGGACGUGGACCGACUUUAUCGCAACUUCGACUAUCCAAUAGGUCCCACACUGAACAAGAUCCAUCUCGACCCAACGACGAACUUCAAAGGAUACACGCCGCUUAAGGACACCGACUUGUUGACGCACGGAACCUCUUUGAAGAUUGAAGUCUUCCUCGGCGCUCCCUUGUAUGGAAUCAGUCAGAUGCUCGCGACACCCGAAUUCUUCAGACGAUUGCUUCUGAUCGUGUACAAAGAAGAAGUUGCGGUCGUCCUUCUCAACGAGAUUCUAAGCCAAAACCAGGAUUUGACUCAGGAGGUGAUCGUGUGCAAUUACAUGCAGAUACAGGAUGGCAACAAUUUGGAUACGACUUCGGAACUGGUGACUGGUUUCAUGAUAGAUAACGGUAAUUCUUACCUGUUCUUCAUCGAAGCUUCGAUGAAGAAUUAUUGCCUCGAGAUGAUCUGGAUGCAGAUCAAGGUUUUGAACGAGUCCGCUUGCAAGAUGUUGUACAGCACGAAUUACGUGUACAGUAGGAGAAUCUACGAGAAAUUUCUGUCGAUCGGAGGUUUGUUUACUAUAGCUCUGAAGAUUCCGCUUCAGGAGAUCUUCAGGAUCAAGGAUAUUUACUUGGAGGGAAAUCUACCUAAGCCGUGUUUUAAGGCUUUGAUGAAGCUGCAGAUGUUGCUGAAGACGCCGACUAUGAGAGAGAUCAAUCAGUACUGUUUGUUUCCCACAGCCAACGAGUUGAUUAGUUUGAACGUGGAAUUCGGGGUGCCGGUUAAAAUUAAGACGUUGCAGUGAUUUAUUUUUAGUUUCUGUUUAUU